AUGAGGACUCACCGCUCCAAAGGCACUGAAAGUGGCGAUGACACCGAUCAGGAUGAAGAUGAUGAAACAACAAUCUGUAGUCGUGAGGCAAUUAAGCGAAAUAUUAUCUAUUAUCUGAAGAACACGACAUUACAUGGCCUGAAGUAUAUAGCUGAGGAGCAUAUAACCAUACCAGAGCGAGUUUUCUUUGGCAUUUCCUUUAUUGUGGUAUUUUGCAUUUCGGGAUUUUUCAUUUCCAAUGUUUACAUCAAAUGGAGUGCUUCACCCAUUAUUAUAUCGACGAGCGCCAAGCAAAAACUCACCAGCAAUAUGCCCUUUCCGGCCAUAACCAUAUGCAAUCUUAACCAGGCUAUGCUUACUCGAGUCAAGCGACUUUCAAGCUCGAAUAUCUCAUUGCUUAUGAGCCUUUGUGAUAAGAGUGGGGAUCAAACGAUCUCAUAUAUCGGCACCUGGAAAUACUUCAAGGCCAUUCUAAUGGAGGUAGCCCAGCCGUGUGAUGAUAUGUUAAUCUCUUGCACCUUUGGGGCACGCAGAGAGAAGUGCUCGUUGCUCUUCAACUCGAUACUAACAGAUGAUGGACUCUGUUGCAAUUUCAAUGCCCUGGAUCCCUUUUAUGUUAUACGAAAUUAUAGUGACGAUGUACGCUUGGAACCGGAAGAGGAGAAUUCCAAAUAUGAAGCAGUCGACUGGACACCAGAGAAUGGUUAUGCCAAAAACCUACCCGAAUUUUAUUAUCCCCGAACAUCGGGUGGCACAGGCAUACGCAUGGGUCUUACUGUCGUUCUAAAUGCUUCUAUUUCCGAGUAUUAUUGUACCAAAUCCAUGAGUGUAGGAUUCAAGGUUCUGGUACACAAUCCCGCCGAAUUGCCCAAGGUUAGCAAUUAUGGUUUUCUUGUCACCGCUGGACGUGAAGCUCGCAUACCCAUUGAACCCAUAUACGAGGAUGCCUUGCCCACCAUACGAAGCAUUAAGAAGACAACGCGUCGUUGCCUCUUCUCGGAUGAGAACGAUUUGGCCUACUAUCGCACCUAUUCGCGCAAGAAUUGCGAACUGGAAUGUGAAGCCAAACUUCUGCUUCAGGUAUGCAGUUGUGUUCUAUACUAUUUGCCCAGAAUCGAUCCAGCUGCUCGGGUAUGCGGACCGAAUGACAAUGCCUGCACAAAUCAGGUGCAGACAGCGAUCGAAUCAACGCAAUCGAAUCUAUCGUGUGAGAGCUGUUGGCCCGGUUGCUUUGAAUUGACCUACAGGGCAACCGUGUCGACAUCGAGCAUUAUGACCGGUUCAAGUUUUCAGCCAAGUGAUGAUCUGCUGGCGACUAUCUUUAGGGGGCCCUAUACGAAAAUAAGCGAAUUGUCGAUGUUACAUUUCUACUAUGUCUCCAAUACAUUUCGCAGCACUACCAAAUCGGAGAUGUUUGGCUUCACCGAGUUUCUAUCAAAUACGGGUGGACUAUUGGGUCUCUUUAUGGGUUUUAGCAUAUUCUCAAUUAUCGAGAUUGUCUACUAUAUAACAGUUCGUCCAUAUUGCGCCUCACGGACUAUACAGCGACGUCGUCGUGAACAUCAGGCCCAACUCCUGUGGUUAACCCCAGUACGGAAGCCGCAAGAGCAAACGAAACAACGUCGUCGUCGACGAUGGGCUCCUCCACUUCCACCUCCACCGUAUAGUCAAUUGCAGCGCAAGAAGACCAAGUUGAAUAAGCUGGAAAAGAAGAGUAUCUGGCACACCUUGCGUGAUGGAGCACGGGAUUCAACUACCGUCUAUCCCUAUGUGGACUAG